GCCCCAAGGUUUGGGCUUUGUCAAGUUUUGGAGUAGAGCUAGGUUUCCUGGUGGAAGAAUAUGCAGGCAGUAAAGGAAGAUUUCCUCCAAUCAAGCGGAGAACAAAGAAAUCUCUGUACAUCGCUACUAUAGAAAAAGGACAUGGCUUGGUGAAUGCUCUGAUUGAAACCAGAAGAAUUGGUGAUUUGGGCCUAGUUGUAGUAGAUGAGUUGCACAUGAUUGGUGAAGGGAGUCGUGGUGCUAUCCUGGAAAUGACUCUUGCAAAAAUUCUGUACACCAGCAAAACUACUCAAAUAAUUGGAAUGAGUGCAACUCUAAACAAUGUUGGAGACUUGCAGCAGUUCUUGCAAGCAGAGUAUUACACUGAUAGUUUUAGACCGGUGGAAUUAAAGGAGUAUGUUAAAAUACGAGAAAGUAUCUAUGAAGUUGACAGCAAAGCAGAGAAUGGUUUUACUUUUUCACAUCGUCUUAAUUUCAGGUAUUCUAGUAAUCUCGAAAGAAUGGAUCCUGACCAUCUUAUUGCAUUGGUGACUGAAGUUAUUCCAAAUUAUUCCUGCCUAGUCUUUUGUCCCACUAAAAAGAACUGUGAAAAUGUAGCUGAAAUGAUAUGCAAGUAUCUGAACAAAGAAUACGAAAAUCACAGAAAAAAAGAGAAACAAGACCUUCUUAUGAACUUGAAGAAUAUUGGUAAUGGAACAGUCUGUCCUGUACUAAAACGAACAGUUUCAUUUGGCAUCGCUUACCAUCACAGUGGGCUUACAAGUGAUGAAAGGAAAAGUAUAGAGGAAGCCUAUUCUGCAGGUGUUCUAUGCCUUCUUACUUGCACAUCUACUUUAGCUGCUGGAGUCAAUCUACCAGCUCGAAGGGUUAUUUUAAGAGCGCCCUAUGUUGCAACAGAAUUCCUGAAAAAGAAUCAGUACAAGCAGAUGAUUGGCAGAGCUGGUCGAGCUGGUAUUGACAGUGCUGGUGAAAGUAUUCUUAUAGUGCAAGAAAAAGACAAACAUCUGGUUCAAGAUUUAAUAAGCAGUCCUUUGGAAAACUGUUGCAGCAGCCUUUUACUUGAGUUUACCAAGGGAAUACAAAACCUCCUUCUGUCCUUGGUUGGGUUACAGAUUGCGAGAAACUUUGAAGAAAUCUGCAACUUCAUGUGUGGUACACUGUUUGGUGUUCAGCAAAAGACACUGUCAAAAGAAAAGAGCCUCUCAGAUAUAAUUAAAGAAUCACUGGAAAGCUUAAUAGAAAAAGGACUCCUAAAAGGAAAAAUCAUGUCUGAAAAGGAACAAAAAUCCCCAAGUAAUCUAGCGAUCACACAGUUGGGUCAAGCUGCUUACAAAGGAUCUAUAGACUUGGCAUAUUGUAAUGCUCUCUACAGAGACUUGAAGAAAGGUUUAGAGGGGCUAGUACUUGAGAGCUGCCUUCAUCUACUCUAUCUAGCAACUCCAUAUGAUAUGAUUUACCACUGUAACCCAGACUGGAUGGUCUAUUUUAAGCAGUACACUCAGCUAAGUGCAGUAGAACAGAAAGUAGCAGAUAUUGUGGGAGUUCCUGAAAGCUUUAUUACAAAAAAGGCAUCUGGUCAAGUCAUCAGAAGGGAUGUGGACAUUGGUGUUAUAAAUAGGCUGUACCUAUCCUUCGUUCUUUAUGCCUUGCUAAAAGAUACCAAUGUAUGGAUGGUUUCAGAAAAAUUUAACUUGUCCCGUGGUUAUGUGCAAAAUCUCCUUAACUCGGCUGCCACAUUCUGUUCCUGUGUGCUGCACUUUUGUGAGGAAUUGGAGGAAUUUUGGGUUUAUAAGGCCCUGCUUACAGAACUUACCAAACGACUGACCUUUUGUGUUAAGGCAGAACUCAUCCCUCUCAUGGAGGUGGCAGGUGUUCUAGAGGCUCGAGCAAAACAACUUUAUAAUGCAGGAUAUAAAACUCUAGCACACUUAGCUAAUGCAAAUCCUGAGAUACUCGUGAAGAUGAUUGAGCAUGUGUCACGACGUCAGGCCAGACAAAUCAUUUCAUCAGCAAAGAUGUUGCUGAGUGAAAAAGCUGAGGCUCUACAAGAAGAAGUUGAAGAACUGUUGCAGAUGCCUACAGAUACCCCAGAGGGGCUGCUGACUACUGCCACAGAAAACCAUGAAGCAACAGCAUGAGUUGUCACAGUUCUCAAUAUAGUUUAUAUUUCAUUUUGUUGUACAUGUGUAAAGCUUUAUAAUAAAUAAUUCUGUACACCUUA